AUGGGAAUCGCAUUCAGUAGUACUCAAUCGGGAAGACGCGACGCUGUAAGUGUUACCAGUGAAAGUGAAACAAUAAGCGACGCUAAACUCUUGAGAACGAUGGAGGACAAAGAAACUGAGUUGCAUGAAGAAGAGAUCGAGGAUGAUGUCCGAGUAAAAGCUAGAGAAGAUGAAAUGAAUGAAUUCAAAAAACAGUUGAAUAUAAAAAGAGAGCAAAGAAAAGAAAUAUUAUCACGACAUAGAACUGAAAAAGAAAAUUUAGAAAAAUCUUUGCAUGACGAAAGGGUGUAUACAAUUGAAUUGUGUGAAUGCAAUAAGCAGUUGCGUGAACUACUUAUUAGGAACAAUAUCGAGAUACCUGAAAAUCUUCGCCAACCCGAUGAUACUCACGACAUCAGUCUCGCGGUUGUGCAACUAAAAGAUGAAUUCGAAAAAUUGAAAUCAUUAAAUAAUAAACUGAGGCAAGACUUAGCAGAUUCGAACAAGUCUCUUCAGGAUGCCAAUUCUGAUAUAGCAGAUCUCCAUGCACAAAACAGAGAAUCGAUGAAGCAAAUAAGUGCGUUAAAAGAAGUGGUGACAGCCAGUAAAACAAUGAUUAAUCUCCGCGAAGAUCAGCUUAAUGGACUGAAAAAUAAAUUACAAGAAAUAGAAAAGACUCUAGCUGACAGAGAAACGAACCUACUAUCUGCUGAUCUUAGACAAGAAUAUGAGAAACAAUUACAAAACAUACGCACCUUACGCGGACUUUACGAAGAGAGGGCGAGGUUAGCUGAGCUUAAGCGACUGGGACUGGUACGAGAUUUGGAAGAACAAAAACGGUUACACCAAACAGAAAUGGACAAAUCUAAGGAAUUAAAACUAAGAAUAGACGAACUAGAAACAAAAGUCGACACAUUACAUGAUAUUAUUGAAAAUAAAAAUAACCAGAUAUCGUCAUGCCAAGACGAGAUGAAUGAAAUGAAAGCUGAAAUGGCUGUUAUACAUAAGCUUUUCUCACAAGUUUUAUUAGGCUACAAAUCCAAACAAGACUUAGACAAAUUAGUUCAUAGGCUUGAAGAAAAUCAUGGGCUGCUGACCCACAUGGCUGAAAAAGAAAAUGGAUCAGAAUUAUCUACAGCUUUACCUAAACUUUUGUUAGAACUGGUUAGUCAAGUUGAGGAUAACGAGGAAACUAAUAAUAAUGAAGAAAAUCUUGAUGAUGAAUGCAAAAGAUCUCAAGAAAAUAACAAUAUUACUGAAGAAGCAGAAAGCCAUAUUGGUCAAAACACAACAGCUGAAGAAAUCGUAGAAAAUCUACCCAAAGUCUGGAAAGUCUUAAUGGAACUUUUAAGUCAUCAAACUAUUGCUGAGCCUAAUAUUUCAGAAAAAGUGACCACAUGCUAUAAGUCGGUUGAAACAAAAUCAGGACCUGUACUAGUGCCAAGCGUUAGUCAGACUUACAUCAGAUUAAAGGAUCUUAUAAUAGAAAAAUUAGGUUUAGUUAAAGAAGUAAAUCGAAUGAAGCAAUUAAACUCACAUUUGGAGACUCGGUUGCAAGAACAAGAGAAAAGACUUUGUCUUGUUACAACUGAACUAAGUAAAACGUGGCAUGUAGUAAGCAGAUUGCGUAAACAUCAUCACCAAUUACAUACUCAUGAAAAAAUACUCAAAUACGAGUUACAACAGAAACGAAAAUUGUUAAAUGAACUGAAAGAAGAAUUGGAGUACUGCCGCGAGAAAUGGGAACAAGCUCGUGAAAAAAAUACUCAGUCUGAAAGAGAUUGGAAAAAGCUGCGGGCUGAAUUUUCUAGUCGGAAAACAAAAACAAACUCUCUUUCACUGAACAACUCUGCUGAGAGUGGUUAUAGUGAUGAACGACCUUCUGAUGAGUCGUCUGAAUCGAAUGAUGAAAGCGAAUAUGUGACCGAACCUCUAGUGCGAUGUAAGAAAAAAAUGAAGAAAUCAUUUGAAAAUAUUUUAGAUUCUAGUACAGAUUUUAAUCUAGCAGCAGAAAGAGAAGAUCCAGUUAGUGAUAUGAUCGAUGUGGCUGAUCUACCACUAGACAACCAUGAUGUUGAUAAUGAUCAAGAAGAUAUUUCUGAAAUUAGUAAAAGUGAAAUGGUGCUGAAAAGUGACAAAACAUGCGAUGAAACUGAAGACGAAUUAUGUGACAUUGCCCAUGAUGACUCACCUAUUGAAGAAACAGCAAUUGAACCAGGCUGCAGUGAAGAAAGAGAUAAAGCUAAUACAACGAUAAUUUCUAUUGAUCCAGCAGAAAUUUUAAGAAACAUUAGAAACCAAAACGAAAGACUCGCUCGAAAAGAUGAAAAAUUGGAACAGUUAGAAAAAUCUAGCAUUUCUUUAUUAAAAAAGACACAAGCCACAAUAAAACUAGGCGAUGAAAUAAAUAGCACAUUGGACCACCUUCUUAAUCGACCAACGUCUAGCGGAAGCCCAAUCGGUCAUAGUUCAAUUGAAAAAUCUCUUCCGAUAUCUAUCGAAUUAGAUAACGAAAUCUCAAAGGAAGAAUAUGGUUCGGAUUGUUCAACUUUAGAGAGUAAACGAUUCGUUACAUCCGAAAGUCUAGUUAGGAAUGAUGAUGAUUAUAGUGCUGUUGAUAAUUUGCAGGCCACUGAUUGUAUUCAAUCCGAAACUGAUUUGAAAACUAUUUUAGAAAAUGUUACAAAACAAAAUGAAAGAUUGUCAAAAAAAAACGAACGUCUAAAACAACUCGAAUCGGGAUGCGCUAAAGUUAUAGAAAACUUGUCUAAUACUAUGACGGUUGGUGAAAAUAUCAGUAAAAAUUUAGAUUCUCUUCUUAUAGAACACAAAGGUCAAGAUGAAACCGCUGAAGACGAAGCAAAAGAUACUACCGAUUGUCAAAUAUCUGAGCCUUCCACAUCAACUGAAAUUGAUCAUGAAGCUCGUUUUGCUGCCCGUGAUCUCCGUUUAAAGAGAUUAGAAGAACAAACAAAAUCUCUUGUAACUAAAGUCAACAAGACAACGUCAAAAGGUGUUAAAAUACAUUAUAAAUUGCAAGAGUUACAUAACAUUUACGGGUCUGAUAAUUCCAGAGCCGGUACACCUUCAGAAGAAAAUGACGACAAAAGUACUGAAGAUGACGCUAGUAUUGAAACAGAAUGAUCGAAAGUGGCUGAAAUAUUGUAUAUAAUCUGAUAAAUUUAUAAUUUAUGUAACUAUUAUAAGUAGUUGUAAAUGAAAUAAAAAACGUA